UGUGUAUGUGAUUGUGCCCUGCGAUGGAUUGGCACCCUGUCCAGGGUGUACCCCGUCUUGUGCCCGAUGCUCCCUGGGAUACGCUCCAGGUUUCCCCGUGACCCUGAAAAGGAGUAAGCAGUAGAAGAUGGAUGAAUGAUACUCUAAAAUAUACAUGAUUAGAAAGAUGUUUUGGUGGCUUUAAAAAACAAUUGGCUGGAGUAUGCCCAGGCCCCCCCAUUCAAAAAUCUCUAUUGACAUCCCUGCUGGUGAGGAAAUGACUGUUUAUACUGUUGCUGCUAUGAUGUAUGUGAUAACUUGUCUCACAGACGUUCCACAACAAAAAGAGUGAUAAUGUCGUUCAUUAAUAAAUAAAAAAUUGCAACUGAUGGCAAGUCACUGUGGUAUGAGAGGAAUAAAACAUGCCAGGGCUGCGAUUAUAGGACAAUAAUCAGUUUAGGAGAGGUAAAGGUUCUCUGCAGUGUGUCGGAAUACAUCACCGUUGUGGAUUAUUUUCCUAUAACAGAACACCCCCAAGUGUCUUAGUUAGUUAUGUAGUUAGUUAUACAGUAAAUGUACUGUACAUUACUCUUUGCUGCCAGGAUGCAACUGUUAUUUUCACAAAAAAUCUUUUACACUUUCUUUAAAACUUUCAUUUGAAGUCAGAAACACUCAAACACAAUCCCAGCAAGCGGAUUGCUCUCUUGUAAUAUUGUUUUUGUUGCUGUUGUUCAAGUCUAAUACUCAUUUUAAUACUGAAUACUGAUUCUUUCAGGUUAUUUGAGCUAAGCACGUUUUGAUUCAGAAAGGUUACGUAAGAUUCUUUUUUUUUUUUUUUUUAAACGAGUCACCCAAUUGAAUCCAUCCGUAGAAUCGGCUCACAAGCACGAACCGAGUGUAUUGUCUUUUUUAUUUAUUUAUUUAUUUAAAUUUUUAUUUCACUGUUGUCCUAUUUGACCUGUAGAUUUCGUGAAUGAACAACGUGAAGUAUGAAACAGUGAGUUACUGCAGCCUAAUGUGGAUAGAUACUGAGAUUCACUGAGCGGUGAAUCGAACGAAUCAAAACAUGCGCAGACCGAUUCUUUGAAAGAAUCGAAUCAGCGAAAAGAAUCACAAUAGCCAUCGGUACAGAUGAAUGGGCAGGCGGUGUUUGUUGUUACCUCAGAACGGUGAACGAGGGAGCAGCGAGGCUUUUUUCCUGGCCUCGCUAGCUUACCCGAAAACAACAAAACCAGCUCAAAAUCAGGAAAGAAAACCCCCCACAGCCUUUUCACACGCUCUUAACCGCAACCGUCGGCGUGUUGUCUUGACAUGAAAAUGAAGUUCACCGCUUGUUCUCGGCGGCGGCGAGCUUUGAUCCAUGGAUGUCGUUUCCGCCUUUCGCUUUCAGACAGCAGCCAAGCGGAUGCGCCUCUUCCCUCUGAUGCGGUUCCAUUUUAUGGAUUCUGAUUGGACUAUGGACUAUGAGAGGCCAAAUGUCGAGACCAUCAAGUGUGUGGUUGUCGGGGACAACGCAGUGGGAAAGACCCGGCUCAUCUGUGCCCGGGCUUGCAAUGCCACCCUGACCCAGUACCAGCUGCUCGCCACACAUGUUCCCACUGUCUGGGCCAUAGACCAAUACAGAGUGUGCCAGGAGGUUCUAGAGCGAUCUCGGGAUGUGGUGGACGACGUCAGCGUGUCCUUGCGACUCUGGGACACGUUCGGGGAUCAUCACAAGGACCGUCGUUUCGCUUACGGACGGUCCGAUGUUGUGGUGCUGUGUUUCUCAAUCGCUAACCCGAACUCGCUGCACCACGUGAGGACCAUGUGGUACCCGGAAAUCAAACACUUCUGCCCCAGAGCUCCUGUCAUCCUUGUGGGUUGCCAGCUGGACCUGAGAUACGCUGACCUCGAGGCGGUGAACAGAGCGCGGCGUCCUCUGGCGAGGCCCAUAAAAUCCAACGAGAUCUUGCCACCAGAGAAGGGCCGUGAAGUGGCAAAAGAGCUUGGUGUCCCAUAUUACGAGACCAGCGUGGUCGCACAGUUUGGUAUCAAGGACGUAUUCGAUAACGCUAUCCGCGCCGCGCUGAUAUCACGCCGUCACCUGCAGUUCUGGAAGUCGCACUUGCGUAACGUCCAGCGGCCUCUCCUCCAAGCCCCGUUCCUUCCUCCUAAACCGCCUCCACCCAUCAUCACGGUGCCGCCUCCCCCCAGCAGCAUGGAGGAGCACCCAGGGCGUCUACUGGAGGACCCACUGUGCGCCGACGUCAUCCUCGUGCUCCAGGAGAGCCAAAGAAUCUUUGCUCACCGUGUCUACCUCGCCACGGCCUCAUCCAAAUUCUACGACCUUUUCCUGGUGGACCACCGGACUCCCGAGGACAAAAAAGAGAAAGAGCGCGCCCGGGUGCCUCUUUCCGGCCGCGAGCUGCUGAUGCGAGCCGCCAGCUUUGACGUUUGUGAGAGCAGCGACGAAAGGGAGCGAGCGAACCUCCGCGCCUGCACUAGCGACGGGACGCUUAGAGGAGGCGAAGGAGGCCGUCUGCUGCCUGCGUUCAGCCGAGCCUUUGUCAGCGUGCGGGAGGAAAUGGUGGAUGAUCCUUUGACCUUUAACUCCAGGCCAAUGACGGUGGUGCACAUGGACUCGUCCAUGCAGCCGGGGCCGUUCCGCGCUGUUUUGCGCUAUCUCUACACAGGGAAGCUGGAUGAGCAUGAGAAGCAGCUGAUGCAGGUGGCUCAUAUCGCUGAGCUUCUGGAGGUUUUCGAUCUCCGUAUGAUGGUAGCCAACAUCCUAAAUGAUGAGGCUUUCAUGAACCAGGAGAUCACCAAGGCCUUCCACGUGAGGCGCACCAACCGGAUCAAGGAGUGCCUAGUUAAGGGGACCUUCUCGGAUGUGGUGUUCAAGCUGGAUGACGGUACAAUAAUGGCCCAUAAGCCUUUGCUCAUCUCGAGCUGCGACUGGAUGGCAGCCAUGUUUGGAGGACCGUUUGUGGAGAGCUGUACUAAAGAGGUGUUGUUUCCAAACACAACCCGUAGCUGCAUGCGUGCAGUGCUGGAGUAUCUCUACACUGGUCGCUUCUGUUCUCGCCCAGACCUGGAUGCCAUGGAGCUUAUUGUUCUUGCAAACCGUCUCUGUCUGCCUCACCUGGUCGCACUAACAGAACUGUACACUGUGACUGUGCUUAUGGAGGCUGCGAUGAUGGGAGCUGAUAUUGAUGGAGAAGUACUGGUCUAUCUGGAAAUGGCUCAGUUCCACGGUGCCCACCAGUUAGCUGGAUGGUGCCUCCACCACAUCUGCACUAAUUACAACAGCGUCUGCCGCAAGUUCCCUCGUGACAUGAAGGCUAAAUCUGCAGAGAACCAGGAAUACUUUGAGAAGCAUCGCUGGCCUCCAGUCUGGUACCUCAAGGAGGACGAUCAUUACCAGCGAGCACGCAAAGAGCGGGAGAAAGAGGACUACCUGUACCAGAAACGCCAGUGUAAGCGCAAGUGGCUCUUCUGGAAUCUUCCAUCCUCACCCUCUUCCAACUCUCCGUCCUCUCCUGGGUCCUCCGCUGUCAUGUGAUUGAUCAAGGUUGAAGGCCGUAUCGAACUGCCGUUAGAUGGAAAAGCACGCAUCAGCAGUGACAGCCAUUUUGCCAAAAAUAUACAGGUGACAUCUUCUAACUACUGAGCAGGAAUCCAUACCUGGGGGGGGGGGGGGGAAGAAGGUGAGCCAAAGUGUAAGACUGUUUUUUUUUUUUUUUUGUUUCGUUUUUUUCCGUGAAGCUUCAAUCCCUCGUCUGUUCACGACACGGCCGGACGAGACCCAGCAGAUAAAAUGUCACAGAUCACAUCAACGUACGUUUCUGCUUUGAAACCAUGUGAAAACAACCUGGCAAAAUGGCAGACCUUGUUUUUAGAGAAGGAUUUAAGAGGGUUUUUAUUAUUAUUAUUAUUAUUAUUAUUAUUAUUAUUAUUAUUAUUAUUUUUGCUUUAUCAAUAAAUCACCAGUACCCCGGUGAUGUGCUGCAUGGACUCGCAUGCAGAUAGUUACAUUAGGAUUAUCCAGUGGCACAAAUCAGUCGUCUGGGAUCACAUGAUGUACUGGCUUGUCCCGCUCUUGCGGAACGUGAAUAGUGCCCGGACGUCCCCUGACUGUGACUUUGACGGCGAAUUGUUUAUCAUUUUCACUCGGGUCUAUUUUUAUUUUUAUUUUUAUGAUGAUCAACAUGAUAUGAUCAUUCUGAAAAGGGCUCUCGUUUUGUUUUUUUGUUUUUUUUCCUUGUCAUAUUUGGACCCUUUGUAAUUGUUUUGCUAGCAAAAUUGGAAGUUGAUGAUGAUAAUAGCCUUGCACCUAAUAAUAGCCUAGUCCAUUAUUCAAAAUUAUUCCCAAUGAUAAUCGAAGAAGAAGAAAAAAGCAGCUCUGAAUACUCACCACUGUUCGUAAUCGAAAAAGCAAGACCUCAAAGACCUGAACUCCAAGAUUCAAAAGUCCGACUUACUGGAGUCUCAACAAAAAAGUGUUGGCAUUUAGAAUCUUCAUCAAGGCGAAAUCAUGAAUGCUAACCCUCCUUCUUGAGAGGCGUCCUCCUGCAAAAGUUUAGUCCCUGCCUACUAUAUCGCAUAACAUUUUUACAUGCUCCUGAGAACCACUACAUGGGUAUUAUCUUAUGAAGUAAACUCUGCAAGGUGGUAGAUCUCCACGAACAGGGCUCAUUCUUGCUUUAAUUUGUAAACACUGCACGUCACACACUCUCACGUGAGAUAUUCAGAUAUAUUUACACAAUAGGCUCAUGGGCAGGCCCAUGUCUAGGCCAUUUUUAUUCGAAUGUAUUUGCAAACAGUAUUACUGUCUAUUGUAGAGAGCACAUCAUGCUUAUGUCUUGAUCCUUUAAAGUACGAAUUAAGCUUUAGAGCUUUGAAGUAACUGUAGAAUGUAGAAGUACAGUACAACGCAAGCAAAAAUCUGAAAACGUUUUAUCCUUGUAUGAGGUAGCGCUAAACACGGCGAAGAACAAGAGUUUACGGGAUGUGAAAUGCCACGACGUUACACCAAGCUUUCAAAUAGAAUGCUGUU